CUACCGCACCUAUAUUUUGCUAUCGCCAAAACUCCAAAGCAGUAUCUCAUCAGCUUUAUUCAUAAUCAGUACACGUUUUGUAAUAUGAUCAAGUAUAAUCUUUAAUAAUUAAUAAUUAUAUAAAACUACUAUUUAUAAAAAUGCUUUUUCAACUAUCAACUCUUGUAGAACUUUGUUCUUCCAAUCAAGUAACAAUUAGUUCAACAGAGAUAGAAAAUGGAUUAGAUGAAUGGUUAGAAAAUAAAAUUUUGGCUGGUUUUCGUAUAUGGCAAUUGGCCGGUAUAAUUAUAUCAUUUAUAUUAGCAAUUAUUAUAACACUAUGUUGUUGUGUAAAAUUUCGAAUUCCGAGGACCAAACAAAAUAUUGAAGCUGAUUACGUUCGUAAUAAAAUAACGAUAAAUUUCAAAAAAAAAUUGACAAAAAUCGAUAACAUAGAAAUUCAUCACAUGGAUUUGAAAAAAGCAUUAGAAAGAGUUGGAGAGGACCUUGAAGUAACAAAAAAAAGUGUCACAGCACAACAAUAGUCAAGUAAAGUAUGUCAAUUACAAAAGCAGAUUUAAUUGCCAGCCAACUUUUACCCGAAGCAGUAAAUAAGUUUUGAUGAAUUAUAUUUAUAAAUUUCUACUAGGUAUAUACUAUAUUAAUGAUGCAAUAAAGAAAUGAUCAAUCUUAAAAUUGUAAAUAUACAUAUGUUUAUUUAUUAAUUGUACAUGUAAUAAUGAUUAUAUAUUAACUGAUAAAAUAUAUCUUGUAGUUUAA